ACCAAUUCUCCCUCCUCCCCUCAGGCCUCAAUUCGUAAUUUCGUCCAUGGACGCGAGCGAGGGCUCCGACCCGCCGGCGAGGUGAGACGAUGAGCCUCACGGCGGCCUUCCGAGCCGCGAAAAUCCCCCGCACCCUCCCUCCCAAAUGUGGCGAGGCUUCCGCCGCCUCUGUGUCCGGGGAUUCGUCGGCGGAGGCCGCGAAGACGAAGGCGGCGCCGCCGUGGUGCGUGUACCUGAUAGCCUCCUCCCGGAUCCCCCGCACCUACGUCGGCGUCACUACCGACUUCCCUCGCCGCUUGCGACAACAUAAUGGUGAGUUAAAAGGUGGUGCAAAAGCUGCCUCUGCUGGAAGGCCUUGGAAUGUCGCAUGCCUUGUUGAAGGCUUUGCCAACAGAAGUGAAGCUUGUGAGUUUGAAUCGAAGUGGAAAAAUAUCGCCCGGAAAAUGGCACGGAAAAGGACUGAGCCUAGUGUGGAGUCGGUGUUGCAACAUCGACAGGCAGCAUUGAGCAGAGUGGAAACCUGUAUGGAUUGUAGCCACCUACAAAUCAAAUGGCACUCAAGCUGAGAUUAUUUAUUUGCACUGUGCAGGCUGCGGGCAUCUAACUGUGAAAAUAAAUAUCACUGCUUGACCAUAAAUUGUAUAAAACAAUUCCCAUGUCUUAGCUCAUUGUGCAGACAAUACUUAGGUUUGCUGCCAGUAUGACAAACAUGGGUAAGCUCGUGAUUCUAUGUUUUUGUUUAUUUAUACGAGCAAUUGUUUCAAAAGGAUAGAUUGUCUUCUAUACUAAGAGCCAUCUACCGUGUGAUGGACCUCUGUCUAAUUGUAAAUGACACUUAUGUACUAUGUGAUUACUUAUAAUUGACCUUGAAAGUAGGGGUAAGGAACACCA